AUGCCGCCUUCCAAGGGAAAGAAGGUGGCUGAGUCUGACCACCAAGCGUCGCGUCCUGCAGACAAGUUCUCGAUUGACUGUCAUGAACUCAAUGAUCCAAGCAGGGUCAUGCAUAAACGAAAGUACAGACAAACUGCCCGCGAGGUAAUCGCGAGGUAUGACAAAAUCCGGCAAAGCAAGAACAUUGAUAAAGAAUGUCAACGUGAACUCCACAGAUAUUUCACUCAAGAAGACUGGGUAUCUGAGCUACCCAAGGCAGCUAGUCAGGGUAAGCUGUAUAAGCAGUUGACCGGCAACUCUCGCUCCAAGCCCCGGCUACAUUUUGGAAACUGGAUAGUUGCCAGCGUGCACUGGCAAAAAGUUACUGUCAUGGAUGAAGCCAAGAAUCGAGUUCUCGACAUGCUCUCGUAUUGGUGGGGGGAGAAGUUUCCUGGCAUGGACGUAUUCUUUCCAACUCGGUCGCUGAGUGGUCCGGAUCGGCUGGAAAAGCUUAAAGGUGACGUCCCUAUGGAUUUCAAAACGGAGUUCGCCAACUACAAACGCAAGAAGCGUUCGGCCAAGCCGACCGGAACCAAGCCGUCAGGACCCAAGUCAUCUGGGUCUAAGGCUAAUCAAGGCCACGAUGAUCAAGACUUAAACCAAUACGAAGAAAGCGACAGCAAGAGCGACAACAAGAGCGACGAAGAGAGCGACGAAGAGAGCGACGAAGAAAGCGACGAAGAAAGCGGCAAACAGACGCUCAAGGCGCCGGCGCCCCAGCUGUCUAAAGUCAAGUCUAAAGCGAAGCUAUCUGGGACCAAGUCGCCGGCGCCCCAGCUGUCUAAAGUCAAGUCUAAAGCCAAGCUAUCUGGGACCAAGUCGCCAGCGCCCCAGCUGUCUAAAGCCAAGUCGUCUAAAGCCAAGCUGUCCAAAGCCGAGCUGUCUGGGACCAAGUCAUCUAAAGCCAAGUCGUCAGCGUCUAAGCUGUCUAUAGCCGAGCUGUUUGGGACCAAGUCAUCUGGGCUUAAGUUUAGUCAAGGCCAUGAUGAUCAAGACUUGAACCAAUACGAAAAAAGCGACGAAGAAAGCGACGACGAAGAAGGCGGCGAAGAGACACUGGAGAAAGCUGUCCCGCCUUUAGAUGAGAUACCUCAGGAACUGGACGCUGAAAACAGUGCGUCUUACCCUGCCAAAGAGCCUUCGCUUCCAAAGACGGGUCUUUUGCACAACACGCAUAUCACAUCUGGCAAGUCAGAAAGCAAGGCCUCAUCUGACAAGGCGAGCCAGUCUCUCAUCAACACAGACAAUCCCCCGGCGAUUGGCAAAACGUCUUCCCCUGCUGUCACCUCAAACGAAGGGACCAAGUCUAUCAAGGAUUAUUUCCAUCCUGUUGCUGCUGACAAGACUGCUAAGUCUAUCAAGGAUUAUUUCCAUCCUAUUGCUGCUGACAAGACUGCUACCUCUGCCAAGACGGCUUCUCCUGUUAUCAACUCAAACAACACCACGGGGUUUAAGGAUGCAGAUCCCUUGCGCGACCAGCAUUACCACCCACUCGCUUUUCCAAAGACGAUUAGUGGUCCCCUCUCUGUUUCUGGCCAGCUGGGCGCUCCUAAAUUCGGGCCAUCCCUAGCAGGUUCCUCAUCGAGCCUGAGUCAAACUAGCCCAGCCAUCUUGCCUACAGGGAGUUUCGGUAGUUCUAUUCACAAGGACUACUCCACGGCUACAAUUCCAGGUGCUAACCGAGGUGCUUGGUGGGACAUCCACUCAGAGGAGACACCACAGGAUACCCAUGCUGCUCAGAAGACGGGACCAGGAAACGAUUUGAAAGAAGACUCUAGCAGCUCCUUGGAAAAGACGGCAAUUGACUGCAACGCCGGAAAGAGCGCCCCCCACCAACAAGUCAUCGUUUUAGGUGACAGCGAUAUUGAACCUUGCACGGGCAAAAGGCGUAACUCGACUGACAUUGGGCCAGCUGAAUCCAAGAAGCCAAAGACUGUCAUCUCGGAUUCUGAGUCCAGCUAUGCGCUUACCUCUGGCGAUGACAAAGAAAAUCGUCGUCCUGAAGAAGGAAACCGCUCGGGAGAAGGAGACCGUCCAGACGAAGGCCAUCCAAAUGUGCCUUCCUUCCUGGAAUCUAUAUUCCCUGAGGAUGAUAUUACUCGAAUCAUCGAAAAGUUUUGUACUAUCAGAGACAAGCAUAACGUCCAGCUCUUCGCACAGUAUCUAGAAAGGUUUUAUGAUAAAAGUCGGACAGGAGAUGCAGCAAUCCGUUUACAAUAUGAUAAACUCCAUCAACAGAACGAGGACCUUCGUCGACAGAAUGACGACCUUCGCCAACAAAAUGGUGAUCUACGCGAGGAGAACCUGGAACUAUAUGGUCGAGAAAGAAAACUGGUUGAUGAAUUGCGCCAGAUCAUUGCCCGUGACGGUGAAUUCAAGACGUCUAUAAAGGACUAUAUGGAGCAGUCUACUGAGCAGAUCCUGGAAGCCGUCAAAAGUACCCAGGCGGAGAUGGCAACAUAG